AAUAUCUAUACUACAGCUGAAUGGUGGGUUGCAUAUGGAGCUUCAGCUCCAAAUUUGCAAAAGUUUGCAAUGAAAGUCCUCAACUUAACAUGCAGUGCAUCAGGUUGUGAACGAAAUUGGAGCAUCUUUGAAAAUAUUCAUAGCAAGAGGAGAAAUAGGUUAGAUCAUCAACGCUUGAAUGAUUUGGUGUACAUUAAGUAUAAUCGAGCCUUGAAGAGAAGAUACAAUGAACGUAACACCAUUGACCCAAUUUCCUUGAAAGAUUUAGAUGAUAGCAAUGAAUGGUUGAUAGGAAGAAUGGAAGAUGAGGAUUCUCAUGGAGGUGCACAAGAUGAUUUUGUAUUUGAUGAUGAUAAUUUGACAUGGGGUGAUGUUGCUAGAGCUACUGAGCUGAGGCAACCAGAUUUGAUACUAGAGCUAGAGCUAGAGCAAGCUCAAGCAUAAUACCACCAACAGGGGGAAUAGCUUCAAGUUCUAGAACUUUGCCUUCUCAUUCACUAAUAGAUGAAGAUGAAGAUGGAGAUAUGGUUGAUUCAGCAGAUGAAGAAGAUGGGGAAGGCUACAAAUGUGGUGAUGGAAAUGAUGAUGAUGAUGAUUUUGUUGAUUUAGAGGAGUGAUGAUUGCUUGUUGUGGACAAAUUUGUUAUUUAAGUGUUUUUUAAUGAUGUUUUUGAAUUGUGGACAAAUUUCAUGUUUUGGACCUUUAGGUUUGAAAACUUUGGAUUUGGAUAUGUAUUAGGCUAUUAGCAAUAUGGAUUUGGAUUUGUUUUUAUGCUUGGAGUUCUUUAUUUUUAUGUUUUUUGUUUAUUAAAUUGAAGUUUUGGAUGAUAUUUGAUGAUUUAUGUGUUUAGGACAAAUAAAUGAUUGUUAAAUUUGAUUAUAUUAUAUAAAAAUAUAUAUGUAAAUUAGGGUGCGCCUCAC